AUGGCCUUCAACUCAGUAAUUCGCCGAGCCUGCAAAUCCUUCUUGCCUCUCGCUAUCCGCACCGUCGGAUCUCCCAGAACUUUCCACAGAGCUAUCUCCACCGUUCUCUCCGUUGAAAACCACACCAAUCUACAAAAGUUCCUUCCAUUUUCACAUUUCUCAACAGCAGUCACCGGACAGAAACCGACCGCCGAUGAGAAUUUGAUUCGAGUCCUCGAAACUGAGAUCGAAUGCGUCGAGGAACCCCACGAUGUAGAGAAUAUCCCAAAUGAAUUUCCUUUCAAAAUUGAAGAUAAUCCCGGAGAGAGGACCAUUUCGCUGAAUAGAAAGUUUCAAGAUGAAACUAUCAAAAUUGAGGUUGACAUGCCUAAUGUAACUGAAGAAGAAGAAGAUGAUGACGACGACAAUGCCAAGGAAUCGGAUGCUUCUAGCAUUCCGUUGGUUGUGAGUAUUACCAAGGGCAGUGGUCAGUCUAUGGAGUUUGGUAUCACUGCUUUCUCUGAUGAGAUCACAAUUGAUAGCUUGUCAAUUAAAAACCCAGAAAGCUCUGAUGAACUUGCAUAUGAAGGACCAGAUUUUAAUGAUUUGGAUGAGAAUUUGCAGAAUGCGUUCUACAAGUAUCUCGAGAUUAGAGGGAUCAAACCUAGCACAACAAAUGUUUUGUUCGACUACAUGGCCAACAAAGACAACAAAGAAUACUUGCUAUGGCUGAAGAACCUCAAGAAUUUUGUGGAGAAGUAA